AUGCCUGGCGGACGCAGCGCGACACCACGAGGCUGCACGCCGGGAGCAGGCCCAGACGGCAACGAGCACGUCAUCUGGGAGAGCAACGUCGGCGGGCAGUCCAGCGGACAUCGUGCCCAGCGGACAUCAACCGGGUGCCCGGCGUUCGGCACGGACAAGUACUGCUGCCGCGGGCGGUUCGCGUCGUCGGCGACAUGCUGGCCGAGCGGGUACUGGGGGCUGUUCAAGGCGCAGCGCCCGCAGGCCUACAGCUACGCCUACGACGGGAGCAGCACCUUCACCUGCAACGACGGCGUGGACUACCAGGUCACCUUCUGCCCGAGCUCCGGGAUGAGUUAUGAGCCACACCAAGUGGAAGGUUCUGCUGCGGGGUAA